UGUGGGGAAAGUAGAAGUGCGCUCUGCUUCGGCCAUGACGGAGGCGGGUUCGGCUGAGCCGGAGUCAGAGAGUUUGCGGCUGAAGCGGCUCCGAGGCGGCGGCGGCGGCGGCGGCGGCGGCGGCGGCGGCGGCUUCUUCACGGUACCUCAAGGACACAGGGUAAGUGGAACUACAACUCCCAGGAGACUUUGCGGUGGAACAGUUGCUCCGCCCCUCUUGCAAGGCGGACGGGGCUGGGGGUGUGCAGGGUUUUUAUUCUCUGGCGCUUGCAAAUCCUACAUUGAAACAUCCGCAGAAGAGCUGCGGAUUGUGCGUUUUAUUAAGCCCUGAACGUGCAAAUACUGCUUGUGCAAAUGUGGCCUUGGCACAUGCUGAUGGGGCUGACUGUGGAUGGUGAGAUUAUUUGCCCCGAGCGUAUUUCAUCGAUACUGAAACCAUGUGCAACUUUCAUUCCACGUAGACAUAAUUUUCAUAGAAUUAUAGAAUUGUAGAGUUGGAAGAGACCCUCAGGCUCAUCUAGUCCAAUGCAAUGCAGGAAUAUGCAGCUGUCCCAUACAGGGAUCGAACCCGCAAUCUUGGCAUUGAAAACAUUGCUAAAUCCCCAGGAGGGAUAAGUGGGUAAGGUGUGAUUCCAGUUUAAUCCCAUGGGGCUUACUUCCAAGUGGGUGUGUAUGAGGGUGCUCUGCAUGGCUAUAUAUAUAUAUAUAUAUAUAUCUCACUUAUAUGUGCAGUUACUGCAUAACACUGAAAAGUAUUAUUAAGUUAUGCUAUUGUUGUUAUUCUCACUCUUGGGAAUUUUUUUAUUGAAAAGCAGGUUUAAAAAUUUCUACCAUUUUAUGUUAUUUAACAAUAAAAAGUUGUGCAAAGAAGCAGAAAUAAUAUUAUUCACCAUCUUCCAGUUGUAAGGAGACGCCUAGGAAUGAUGUAAUGAUCUGUGUUUAUAUGACCAGGAUCCUCAGCAGCAUCUCCUCAGGAAUCAAGCAGGGACUUAGUUCUGUGACCCAUCUGUUGUUUCAGCUGGGAAGAUGUCGGAGUGUGAAGGAAUUCGAGAAACUAAAUCGUAUUGGAGAAGGGACCUACGGCAUUGUGUGUGAGUGCUGCCACAUGAACCGGUCAAGAACUGGUGCUGUGUGUGACCCAAGACGAUCUGGAACACAGGGGGUGGCCCCAGAGCUGGUUAAGGUCCUGUCUGUUCCUUGAUGUUAUGACUUAAGCAGGUGUAGUUGGAAUUCAAAAUGUCAGCUCCUUGAUCUUGGCCAUGCACACACCCUCUCCAGCUCUCUUUGAAAUCUCUCCAGUGAUAAUAGAUGUAUAUUUUUCAGGCGUAAAUGUCACUGAUGACAUUUUCACACCAUCUGAUUUAGGACAAUGGUAAUCCCAGGUGGAAAAGCAAGAAAGGAGGUAGGAAAGUGGCAACUUUUGAGUUGGCACUUGAGUCCAGGAGCGCUCCCAGCUCUACGUUAGCUUGUCUGGAGGAGUGGAAGGUGAAGAGUGGCUUCCCCAGGCACAGAACUCUGAUUGCAUUGCCAUUCCAGAUCGUGCCCGGGACACCCAAACAGAUGAGAUUGUGGCAUUGAAGAAGGUGCGGAUGGACAAAGAGAAAGAUGGUGAGCAGAAUGGGAGAGCUCUGAGGCAUCCCUGCUGGUCUUGGCUCAAUGAAACAUACUUUGUGUUUAGUCUUGCCCACUGUCGUCUUAACGUGCUACUUCUCCCUGUAGGGAUUCCCAUCAGCAGCCUACGAGAGAUCACCUUGUUACUGAAGCUCCAGCACCCCAACAUUGUGGAACUGAAAGAGGUGGUGGUGGGGAAUCACUUGGAGAGGUACUGACCAGGCCCUUCCUGUCCCCAUAACCUUUCCUCUACCGCAAGCAGGAGGCUUUUCGUUCCUGUCCCCCAAAGCUGCCAUUUUAUGUCACCCAAGAGUGGGGAGCUGGAUCUUGCCAGUGGGCAAGAGUUUUACCUCCCUCACUGCUCCCACGGGCCAAGUUUGACAACUGGACCUGUCAAAACACCGGACACUGUAAUAGCAUUGGAUGACCCAUCUUCCUUUGCUCAUGCUGUUUGAAAUUAAAACUGCACAGGCAAAAGCACAGCACUUUGCAAGUUCUGGCAAUCAGCUGAUAGGUGGCACUUGAAAAACACAGGACUUUGUAGGCACUGACCAUAAGAUGAUUAGCAGAAGUUGCAAAGGCACAGGACUUUGGUGCAAAUUGUAUCUUUACCUGCCCUACAGGUAGCUGCCCCAGUUGGCGUCGUGGGGCGUGUCUUAUUCAACCUGCAUGUCAGAGGUUCCCCACUGCAGUUACAUCAGCUUUUCGUGAAUGCUAAGGCUGGCUUAUAUAAUCUUUUUAAAAAAUAAAAAGUACAAACUUUAAAAAUACAAAGCUUUGCACACAAUCAGGAUGGAGGUUAGCAGGAAUAAAGGAAGCUGGGGGUGGGGGUUGCUUUGUUUCUGAAAGUGAAGCAUGGUUUCCAAGGCAUUGUGGCCUCCAGAAUAUGACUCAAGCAGUCAAGAGCCUGUCUUUUAAGCCACUUCUUUCUGGCCUCUUGGGUAGCUAUAUCUCCAACUACAGAAAAGAAAACGUGUGUGUUUGUCCUGCAGCAUUUUCCUUGUGAUGGGUUACUGUGAGCAGGACCUCGCCAGCCUCCUGGAGAACAUGCAGGCUCCCUUCUCUGAAGCUCAGGUGAGAUGGGGAAAGUAGCAGCCUUGUGUUGAUUGUUCGGAUCACUGUCUUCAUCAGAAUGAAAGAGAUGUCAUAAAAAGGUGCAAUUUGUUGAACCCAAGGCAUGGUUGUGACCAAAUUUGAGAUGGAAGAAAGAGAAGAAGGCACUUUUUAAAAGCAAAGCUUGAACGAAAGAAUCAAAGUAUGUAGGUGUUCAAAUAGAGCGGGAGUAGCCUGGUGGGUUAAUUUGGGCUGAGGUAUUUGGGCAUCAUCCACAUCAUAGGAAGCUGCCGUAUAUUGAGACAGACCAUUGGCCCAUAAGGUAAAGUAUGCUUUAGGUCAGUUCAAGAAGACUAAUCCUUUCAGCUUCUUGUGUUGCCUUUCUGUGGAUCUUUGAACCCCAGAACAGAAUCUGGCGCAAGACAAAGUAGUCUGUACUUUAUGCAAGAGAGGUGGCUCCUUAAUGAUGCCCCAUUCAUUUGCUCCAACCCAUUGCAGGUGAAGUGUAUCAUUCUCCAGGUGCUCAAGGGCCUUCAGUACCUGCAUGAAAACUUCAUAAUCCACAGGUGAGAGAAGAGCAGGGACUGGGCAUUUGACUGGAGAUAGGAUCAAUAUGUAGCUUGCAGGCCUGCUACUAUCUGUGUCAGUGUGGGAGAGAGGCUGCUUAAAGGAGCAGGAUUUGGGGAAGGGCUGCACUUGGUUUUGUCUGUCCCCCGGUGAACUCCUCUUUCCUCCAACAACAGGGACCUGAAGGUAUCCAACUUGCUCAUGACUGACAAAGGUUGUGUAAAGACGGGUGAGUGUUUGGCCAACAUCUGGCCUCCCUUGAUGACUUCCACCAUCACAGACACAUACCUGAUUGGUUUGUAAUGCAGUUGGACCUGCCAUUUGACCUUGAGUGUCUCCUGUUUCCUUGCAGCGGACUUUGGGUUGGCUCGUGCUUACAGGGUCCCCCUGAAGCCCAUGACUCCCAAAGUUGUCACACUUUGGUGAGUAGACUCUGAGCAUCCCUUGACUAAUCAACACUCCUGCACAAUCACUACCUUUGGGCAAGGGGGUAGUUAAGGAGGAAAGGGGCUUUGCUUUCGCUCUGAUAGGCUGCUUCUGUAUGGUUUCGAUACCCAACCAACUCAAAAUAAUUGCCUGGGGAAGGCAUGGCAAAAUAAUUGCCUGGGGAAGGCAUGGAAAGAAGACUCCACACCUUUCUGACAUGUAUACUUAGGAAAUGUGAUUGAGACCAGAGCCAAAGCAGGACAAGAGUUUCUGCUCUUGACACAUAUAGGGGCCUGAUUCAGCAAGCCUUAAAACCCUGGUUAAAAAUAAGCAAUGGUUUAAGGUGAACAAGCAGUGUGCUGGUCCCCACUGCUCAGAAUUAUGCACUUUCCUCCUCCACAUCUCCCGCAGCACUGGGGAAGGAAAAAACAGCAUCUGGCUUGCCAUUGUGUGCAGACUUGGACUCAUGGGUCAGGCACAAACUUUGGCUUCCACUUGUGGUUUGUUUGGAGAGAAACAAAUCACAAGCCUUGGUUCAGACAACAGCAAGCCAAGGCUUAGGGCUUGUUGCUCCUAGAGCUGCCAGCAGCAGACGAGGAACACAGCAGGACUUUAGAGCAGCAGCACGUUAACAAGAGGUUUCUUUAAACUAAGGUUUAAUGUGACGAGGGAAGCAGGUGGGCAAUGUGCAGGAUGUGCAGUCUUUCCCUAUGUCUUACCAUUGGUCGCUCAGGGCCCUCGUUAUCACUUGGCUGCCUGUGACAGGCUGAAGGGAGAUUCGCUGCCCUUAUGCUUGGGAGCAGGAAGGAGGAACAUGUGCAAAGGGGAUCAAUGAGAUUCUGUUUGUGCAUCUUCUGCCUCUUGUGUGAGAAAGAGGAGGGAGGGUGCGUGCGUGUGAUUUCCCCUCCCCCGGCCACCACCCCAAUACCAAGUGCAGCCCUCAGGGACAAAAAGGUGCGAGGCUAUUGCAACAGAAAAAGAUCCCUCUUUUUCCAAUUAAGGAAAUGCCCAUUGCCUGCUGAAUUCAAAUUACAGAAUCCAGCAUCACAAUGCACCAGCCCUUGCAAGCUGACAUCGACCUUCCCUGGAACACUUUCUCCCCUCUUUUCCAGGUACCGAGCCCCUGAGUUGCUUCUGGGGACAAUAACACAGACCACCGCCAUAGAUAUGUGGUGAGGGAAGAAGACAUCUCCUUUCCUCCAUCCCCCACACCUAAUGUGGGGAUUAGGAGGACAGAAAGGAAAAAUGCAUCAUUUGAGGCCUGGAUUCAUGGCUCUGUGGACAAAUUGGUUUUUCCUAGGCCUGAGAGGGUGGAGGGAAUAGCUGCUAGCCUCUCUGUGUUAACUGUGAGUCUUCCCUGCAGGGCAGUGGGUUGCAUCCUGGCAGAGCUGCUGGCUCAUAAGCCGUUGCUACCUGGGAGCUCUGAGAUCCAGCAGAUAGACAUGAUUGUGCAGCUUCUGGGCACGCCCAAUGAGACCAUCUGGCCAGUGAGUACUCCCCAGACCUCAUCCCACUGCUUUGUUGCUCCCUCCUCCUGCUUGGGUUUUGCCCCUUUGUGCCUCUUCUUAUGUAGCCUUUCCUUAGUGUUGCAGAAAUGCAGGUGGUGGAAAGGUCCUCUGGCCAAUAUCAUAUGCAAAGGCAUGGCUGCUUACCCGCAGUCCGACCCCCAUCAACCCAUGCAAUGCAGGCUGCAGUAAGAUACGAGGAGAUCAGGUGCACUGUUGAGAGGCUGUAGCAUUAGAUCAGGGAUGGGGGACAUCAGAUCAAAUAUGCUCCUCCAAGUCUCUCUAUCUGGCCCUUAAGAGUUUCCCCAGCCACACCCACUUUCCCCAGGUCACACCCUUCACCAGCUCUGCUUUGCACCUUCCUUGAAUUUUAGCUGGCUGAAAUGGUUCCUUGAACUCUGAUGAUGCCUUCCUGUCUGGAUGGAUAGAAAGUAGUGUGAGUGUAUGUAGGAACUAGCUUACAGUACAAUAUAAUGGUAAAAUCAACAUUUGGUGUCUUAGCAUGUGCCGCUUCCCCCCUCCCCUCCACAUCCCUGGUUAUCCCUUCUUUAGAUGGCUCCUGCAAGCAAGUUAAGCCAUAUGUCAGAGGCAAAUGCUCUAUUUAGUGCCUUUGUGUCCUUCUCACCUCCAGGGCUUCUCCAAGCUGCCACUGGUGAGCCAGUACACCCUGCGCAAGCAGCCGUACAAUAACCUGAAGCACAAGUUCCCUUGGCUGUCGGAGGCUGGCCUGCGACUUCUCAACUUCCUCUUCAUGUACGAUCCCAAGAAAAGGUAACUGGACCCAGGCUGGGAAAGAGGCCGACGUUGUUGCGACGCGCCUGCCUUUUGGAAUUCUGUUUCGCCAUUCUGAUCGGUGCCCAGACAGGUAGAGUUAGAAAAGGGCAACUAAAAUUUAGCCAGGGCAGAAGUGUUUUCUCCAUCUCCGGUCAAAAUACAGAAGCUCUCAGGGUCAUCCACCUAAACCAAUCAGCAGCAAGGUUAUGAGAGAGACAAAAGCAGCAGCUUUACAUGCUGCCACAAUUAACCUGUGGAGUGCUCCUGCAGCUUUCCAAAGUAAUGAAUUAACUUGGUGGAGGAGAGAGCAGUUGAAAGCAGAACAUGCAGGUUCAGAGACAGCAUAGGGGGAUGACCUACAGCAGGUAGUCACAACAGGAAAUCCUGAGCAGGAUGGAUUAGACCCUGCAUGUAAUAUCUGUGCAACUGUACAAGGCACAGGUUGCUGGAUGUGAGCCCUUCCUUGCCUGGGAGAGACUAGCUGCAUCCUUGAAUAAAUGAGCUAGCUGUAAGGUGGGCACCUGCUCGCUUGUCUUUUAUUGCUCCUGUGAUAUCCUCUGGCCAGAGCCCUUGGCUUGCCAGAGGCACAUUCAGGAAGGAAGAGUGGAGCCGCUGCAGGAGAACAGCCUUCCUAAGCCAGAAAUUUGUGGGUGGAAUAGAGGGAUAAGCAAGUGAAAGGUGAAUUCAUCCCUUGCUUUCAUGCCUCUUCCUCUUCAGAGCGACAGCUGGCGACUGCCUGGAGAGCUCCUACUUCAAGGAGAAGCCUUUGCGUAAGUCUCUUGUGGCUUCCUUUCCCCACACUCAGGGCUGCCGCCACAACCUGAUUCAUCUUCUCCCUCUUUUUCCAGCCUGCGAGCCAGAGCUCAUGCCAACCUUCCCACACCAUCGCAACAAGAGGGCCGCCCCCAGUGUAGAGUGCGCAGGCAAGCGCAGUCGGCCCUGAGGAUGCACACUUCUCCUGGUAAGGACGGGCGAAGGCUAGAGCAAAGUGCACUUAACAACAGUGGAAGCUGCCUUAUACCAAGCCACACCAUUGGUCCAUCUAGCUCAGUAUUGUCUAUUCUACACUGACUGGCAGCAGCUUUCCAGAGAUUUCAGGCAGAGCUGUCUCCCAGCUCUACCUCCAGACACCAGGAAUUGAACCCGGGGCAUUUUCUACCACUCAGGUAUGGUCCUCCCCUUAGUUGAGUAGAUGGCUUACUGGUCUCCUGAUCAUAAUAAAUAAAAGAUGAAAAAAUAUUUUUAAAUAAUUCCAGUGGCACCGUUAAGAUCAACUAAAUAUAAGCUUUCAAGGUGGGACUUUCAUGUGUAAUACACACUUUGUCAGAUACCGUACUCUGAAGCAGAGGACACUUCAACCUUAUAAUGAUGCCAUUGUUAUGUGAGGUGAUUGACAGGUAGGUGGCCACGUUUGACAGAUGCAUGGGACUUUGCACAGCUUUGCAGGGGCUACCAAUCAGCUAGUCAACGCUGCCUGCAAACCCCAUUUCAGCCUGGCCAUGUCUGUACGUACCUGACACCAGAUGCGAUAUAUGAUGUCAGGUGCAAUGCAGGUGACUGUGGCUUCGUCAGGUGUGGAGGCUUGGCCUAAUUAGACCCGUGGACUGUGGAUUCCCCACCACCAACCUAGAAAUGUAACCAGCUAGGAGUCUCAUGAAGCUGAAGCUGCUCCACUAUUCUCUGCUGUUUAUGUCUCCCAUGUGCUUUCACACAGCUAUGACCACAGGAAGCUGAAAGCGGAGUGCGGAAGUUGUGGCCCAUGGGCCAACUUUGGCCUUCCGUGCUGCUCCUAGCAAACCAUGCCCACCUGCUCCACACCUUAAGCAGCAGCCAACGUGGCUUCAAAGGAACAAUAGGGCGUUAAAGGAAGCUACCGAUUGUUCCUUUGCUGAAGCAAGGUGUGCUCCAGCCACCCAUUAGCUGAUGAAUGGUUAGGAGUAUGGCAUGCUCUGGGAUCAGAAAGCAGGUUGCACUGAAGCCCUUGCUAAAACAAAAGGGGCAUAUGAAUAGCAUGAAGUCUUUGAAAACACCUUUGAAAUACUGGAUCUUGAAAGCAGCAGCAAAUGAUGCUUAGGGAAGGUUCAGGGAGGUUUUUAAGCAGAGACCACCGAUGGCCUAGAAGGGGGUUUCCUGCACUGGCGGAGUUUGGGACUGGAUAACCUUUCUAGCCCCUCCCAACUCCAUGGUUGCUGUUGCCUGAGUGCAAAAAAGCAAAUCUGAAACAAUUGCAGCACUGUGGUACUUCUGUUUCUCUUUCAGAGGACAGAGCUUGAAGAGAGGCAGUGCUGGGAGCUGCCAGCGGCAUCGGGGCAAAGAGCCAGGAGCCUACAGAGGGUAUCGGGACAGCUCCCAUGUUCUUCAUAGGAAUCAGCUGCCCCUGCUGGGAGACACUGAUUACGAACUGGGAGCUGGCUUGCCAAGCUGCAUCGAAGCUCCUGAAUUAUCAGCUUGACUCUCCCAUGAUGGAAAGAGCAGGGCUGAAUAGUAGCCCCUUAUCCUGCCCCUUAUUUGCGGGCAAAACCCAAGACUGAACCAGGACUGUGUCUCAAUAAAGUCUUUUGCCGCUGCUGUCUUUGA